CACUGCCUGCAGUACACCCUGGCUGGCAGCCUCCAACCAGGAAGGCAGCACUGCGGACGCGAAGCCAGCUCCAGCCUCAAUCCACCGCCCAACUUCGAGCUCCAGCUUCCAACAACGUAAUACACCAUCACCGCAUCCCAUCCGUUUGCGACCACCAAUCCACCACCGCGAGCCAGAUCGAGACAAAGACACAUCUCCGAACCCUCAACCCCUCUCCCAAUUUAGGGUCCCCGAAAAUAUAAAAGCAGCCAUGGAUCACCGCCCGCAAGCCUGGGGUCGUCCCAGAGACGACGUGUACGGCGCCUACGACUACUCGUAUCUACAGUCGGGCGGGCCGAAGCAGAUGACACAGUCGCCCGUGGUGACGGGCACGUCGGUGAUUGGGAUUAAGUUCAAGGACGGCGUCAUCUUGGCGGCUGACAACCUGGCAUCCUACGGCUCGCUGGCACGCUUCACGGAUGUCAAGCGGCUGCGGGUGUUCCUGGGGACGUCGGUGGUCGGCUUCGGCGGCGACGUCAGCGACAUGCAGUACCUAGACCGGCACCUGAACGAGCUAGCGAUCGACGAGUCGUACGAGGGCGGGGGCGCGCAGGAGGAGCACGGUGAGAAAGGCAAGCUGAACGCAGCGAACCUGCACACGUAUCUGCACAAGCUCAUGUACCGGCGGCGCAACGACUUUGACCCGCUGUGGAACCAGGUGCUGGUGGCGGGGCUCGACGCGGCCGGCAAGCCGCACCUGUCGUCGGUCGACCUGCGCGGCACCGCCUUCACGUCGCCUUCCUUGGCCACGGGCUUCGGCGCCGCCCUCGCCCAGCCCAUCAUGCGCAAGUACGCCGCCACCGAGGAGGACGCCGCCCGCCUCACCCGCGACCAGGCCGUCAAGGUCGUCCAGGAUUGCAUGAAGGUCCUCUACUACCGCGACGCCCGCUCCCUCGACAAGUACAGCAUCGCCGUCGUCACAAAGGACGGCGUCGAGCUCAAGGAGGACGAGCAGCUCGAGAAGCAGAGCUGGGCCUUUGCCGAGCAGAUCCGCGGCUACGGCACCCAGACCGUCUAAGAUGGGCGGACGAAAUGAUGCAUGUUGGAGCUACGAGUGAAUCGGAGUCUACGGGGGUGAGGACUAGUGGGUUCAGGCCAUCUCUGGAGUUUCAGGAUCACCGCGGUGCUAUAGACUCGAGAGCUGCCAGUUGCGCCAGCUGGAGCGCCAAGACGUUGGGCACGCCAUGACUUUGUGAACUUGAAUGGCAAUCUAGAUAGAGAGCGGUUACGAUACGACCGAAGCAGCCUACGGUAGCAAGGCUCAUGUAAUUUUAACACAUCAGACAUGGGAACCGGCGUUCACUCCUCGU